UGAAUUGAAAACAAUAGAGGGGGAUCGGGAAAUCUUCGAGUUACGGCUUCGCGCUUGCAGCUAACCUCUCAGCUCCCACCCCCUCGGCGUGGUUUUCUGUGUCACGCGAUGUACAAUCAGAGAAAUACUGAAAUAAUUGACUUUAUUUGGUAUCCAUCGUAUCUGCCCGUUUUUAUCAGGCAAUGACUUUGUUGUUUGGUCUCUCCGUGUCACAUUUUGGCCGUCUGGCCUGGUUCUAGUCUAUUCAAAAUGGAGGACAAAUACGGACUUAUUAUAUUGUGGGCCUCUUUUUCUCUUUUAGUGAUUAUAAUUUACCUAUGGAAGCGACACAAAAAUCUUAACAAUGAAASAAAGGAUAAGGAAACUAUAGGAACACACAAAUCUGUUAAGGAAGCAAGACUGAAACAUUUUAAAAUGGAAACAAAUGUAGAGAAAUCUGAGCAGCAAUUCGAGGGUUUUCAUCAACAAAGUGAAACUUUAAGUGGACAAAACGAAAUGARCAUUAGGAAAAGAAAAGGGAAUGGAAAGACAAAGUAUAAAGCAAUCAACCAAAAAACAAUCGUUGGCCCAACAACAAUUUACAACRAACGAGCAGAAAUGGGAAGUCAUUUUGAUGUCGACACAGGAAGCCCAAUAACUCAACCACUAAAAACGUUAGAGGAAGCCCUGCUAUGGAGGCCUGGUUAUGAUGAAUUUAAUGUUGCUAGGGUCAAAUUAGAUUCUGGUUGCCAAGGACUUGAUAAMAGACCAAGAACUUUGGUAUGUCAUGAUAUGAAAGGCGGUUACAUUGAAGACAGGUUUGUCCAAGGAUAUCUGUCCUCAAGCUGUUAUCGUAUUUAUCACUGGCAGUAUAUUGACGUCUUUGUAUACUUCAGCCAUCAUUUUGUGACUAUUCCYCCUCCAUGUUGGACUAAUGCAGCUCAUAGUAAUGGAGUCRUAGUUCUCGGUACCUURAUCACAGAGUGGGAAGAUGGUGCACAAAGGUGUAGUGAAUUCCUGGAAGAUGAACACUCUUAUAAAGCACUUGCAAACCAACUUGUUGACAUAACAGAAUAUUACAACUUUGAUGGCUGGUUGAUUAAUAUCGAGAACCCUAUCCAGCCUGGGAAAGUUCAAAACUUAGUCGAUUUUGUUGAUUACUUGACCAAAGCUUUGCAUGCCUCCAAUCCUGUGGGUUUAGUGAUUUGGUAUGAUAGUGUUACAAAUAAAGGAGAUUUGAAGUGGCAAAAUGAGCUAAACUCAUCAAACAGCCAAUUUUUUGAUGUCUGUGAUGGAAUAUUCCUCAACUACACAUGGUCAAUACACCAGUUGUCUGUUUCUGGACAUGCUGCAACUGCCUAUCGGCGAUCAACAGCAGAUGUCUAUGUUGGUGUAGAUGUUUUUGGGCGUGGCUGCUAUGAGGGUGGUGGCUAUAAGACUCGAAUGGCUGUGAAAGCGGCUAGGGAAGAGAAGCUCUCAGCAGCAAUUUUUGCCCCAGGUUGGGUUCUAGAAACUCAAGGAGAGGAAAACUUUACUGUCAAUGAAAACAAAUUUUGGCAUCUUCUGAGUAAAGACUGUCCUACCCAUCCCAUGGUCAGGAGUAUACCAUUUGUCACCAAUCUUUGUCAGGGUUAUGGAGAAAAGGUGUUCAUUGAUGGGAAGGUUGCCYUCAGCCACCCAUGGACUAACUUAAGCUGUCAACAAACUCAACCAUCUUUCAACAAUGCAUUUUACAACCUUGGAAAAGGAGGCAUAGUUAUCAGUGAUGUUAUGCAUAGUCUGGAURAUGCUUWCAAUGGUGGGGGRUGUCAGCUGGUCCAAGGACGUACAARUCAUACUGCRCAGAAAGCUAAGGGUGUUGUAAGGUUGUUUGAAGCUGACUUUACAAUGUCAAGUGGAAUUCUCGUUUCUUUUACGUAUAAGUUAUCACCAGCCAAUUGCUUUGAAGUUGGCCUCCAAUUUCAGACAGACCGUACACCUACUUACAUACUACUCUGYCCUCCUCCUGCAGAUMYAAAAGACUAUGCAAAAGAAAGUCCAGAGAACUCUAAACUUAUUGACAUGUUUAAACACAAGUAUGGCGCUAGUCCUUCACGGCUACUGUCGUCAUCGGUUUUCAUGUCACCCAUUGGUAAAGAGCACUUUGAGGCUUAUGCCCCACUAACCAAGAAUGAUGACCAUCUYGUACAAAAAGACUUUGGUGUAGAGGCUGAUGCAGGUCCAUGGAAAACGAGGCAUUAUCUUAUAACUGGACGACAUCUUGUUGGUUGUAAAGUGAAGGAAAUUCGAGUUGUUUGYGCAAAACCUGGUGACGAUGGAACUGACAUUCAAGGUUUUGUUAGCGUUCCCUUCAAGUUUCACAUCGGAGAAAUCAAGAUCCUAGACCCCAUAGUUCUGAAACAGUCAAUCCCAACCGUGAGUAGCCUGAGAUACAGAAACGUUGUUUGGAAAAARGGAAAUAAUCAUAGCAACAGUCUUAGCCUCACUCUGAUGUGGGACUGGCCAAUGACAAGCGACGUGGAAAAGCUUUCUUAUUGUGACGUACAUGUUGCUGUUGGCAGCAGUCAAUCAUAUGUGUUUGUUGGACGUGCUUUCGUAGACGCGUACCGGGUUUGUAAUCUGGCAGUUCCUGCUAAUGUUAAUUCAGUAGAAUUUGUUAUCCAAGCCGUGACGAUAUCCAGACGAAAACGAACACUAAAUGAUUCUGCGUCGAUUAUAUUGGCGUGGGAGUAAGUUAUCAUUAUCCAAUAGACUAAUAAUAGUGAAUAACAACCUCGUUCCCAGGGCCUUAUCCCUAAGGCCCUGGGAACGAGGUUGAGCGAAUAAUUAAUAAAAAUAUUUUAUUAUUAAUAAUUCAAAUAUAGAGAAUUUUUUGUAAUAUACAGAUCUAUGUGUUUUGAGAUAUGCUAGUUACGCACAAACUGAAUAAAGAGUGAGAUGUCUACAUUGAA